AUGCCCCUUCACUGGCCUCAAAACAAGACGAAGCGCGGCAACAGCCUCAACAGCCUCCACACCCUCCCCUCCUACUCGUCCACAGCGUCCACAAACGCUAUCAUCGAGCCGCGCGCACACCCCGUGCGCGAACAACACGGUUGGCUCACGAACGGGUGCAUCCGCACCACGAUCACCGUCGCCGCCUUCGGGCUCUACGCGAUCUGGUGGUGCUACUACGGCGCGGCGCCGUCUGCCCCCGAGGCCGGCCACGAUGACGCCAAUGCGUCUGUAACGACGGGAGAGGGGGCGAGGACGUGGUGGGGCACGCCGGCGGGCGUGAUCAAGGCGCCGCCGCUCGGGGUGCCGAAGGCGAUCCAAACCAAGUGGGCGAUGUACUCCCCAUGGCACGCGCUGCAGACGUACGAGCCUCCCCCGGCGGGGUGCAAUAUUACACAGGUGGGUCUAUCUCUUGGCUGUGAACUCCAGCGUCAUGGGGCACGCUUCCCGAACGAGGAAGACGGCGAACUCUACGCCCUUGGCGUUCGUCAACUUGCGACCGCGGAGAAGUUCACCGACAAGCGACUCAGGUUCAUGAAGGGCUACGAAUACACGCUGGGCGCGGACGACCUCGUGCCGUUUGGCGCUGCACAAACGUUCGAGUCGGGGCAGAUCGCGUACAAGCGGUACAAGCACCUCGUCGAUCCUCACAAUGUCCCUUUCGUACGCGCUGCGGAUGCACCGCGCGUGAUGUCGACGGCGACGAACUGGACUGUCGGCUUCGCGGUUGGCAGCCAUCAGCGAGUACAGCCAUACCUCAAUGUCGCCCUAUCCGAAGAUGUCAACAACACGCUCAACCAAGAUUGCCCUUCCGCACCCGACGGCUCAUUCGAAACCUCCAUCUGGCUGUCGAUCUUCGGUGCCGCGCUGGCCGCGCGCCUGAACGCCCUUGCCCCGGGUGCGAACCUGAACGCGACGCACGUCUUUGGGCUGCUCGCGAUGUGCCCCUUCGAGUCCGUCGCACUCGAAGAGGAGUCGGCGUUCUGCCGGCUGUUCACCGAAGAAGACUUCCGGAACUUCGAGUACUUCGGCGACCUCGAGAAGUACUACCGGACCGGGUACGGCGCGCAGCUGGGCCGCGUCCGCGGUGUGGGCUACGUGAACGAGCUCCUCGCGCGCCUGACGGACAGCCCGGUGGAGGACCACACGACGCACAACGCCUCGCUCGAGUUCCCGCUCGGGCGCGCGAUCUACGCCGACUUCACGCACGAGAACCUCAUGGUCGCCGUGUACUCCGCGCUCGGGCUCUUCAACAUCUCUGCGACCCCGCUGGACCCCCGUGCCCGCCCCGUGCCCACCGCAAGCGGCGACGCAAGCACGUGGGUCGCUUCGCGCAUGGUGCCCUUCUCGUCGCGCAUGGUCACGGAGCGCCUGCAGUGCACGGCGGGUGGCCCGCGCGGGGCGGGCACGUUUGUGCGCGUGCUCGUGAACGACGAGCCGCAGCCGCUCGAGUUCUGCGGGGGUGGGCUGAAGCGUGGGGAGCGUAUGUGUGCGCUGGGCGCGUUCGUCGAGAGCCAGGGGUACGCGCGGCGUAGUGGGGACGGGGACUUCUUGAAGUGCUACAAUUAG